CGUGGACACAUCUACUUAGUCACACACAUGGACACAGAAUAUAAAGUUGAUAUGCAUGCGCAGACUAACAGGGCUAUCUCUUCCAAAACAAAAUCUGUAUUUCCUAAUCUGCCUCGCCCUCAAAAGGGCUCUUCAGAGAACAAAACCAGUCCUCAAGAACAACCGGGUUUGAGUUGAGGAUUUGCACGUCUGGUCAAAAGAAAAGUAACAGAAUUUUGCAGGCUGGGUCGGAACGCUGGUUCAUAAAACCAACAAACUGGUUAAUCGUAUGGGAUAAGUUCACAAAGCCAGAGAGCACUUUCGUCUACGUGGCUCCAAGAAGGUGCGCGUCAGCACCCCGUUCCCUCCUCGAAAUGUCAUUCUCUGCUCCCCCGGCUACGAUGCCUUUCGGUCAGUUAUGAGAAGAAGAGUUCCUCGUGAUGGUGGGCGAACCCUUUUUUGCUCACGGCAACGGGUUAAAAAGCGGUGUGUGUGGGGGUUACGGAAGCCUUGCGUUGCCUCAGCAACGGUGCCACGGGGAGGCGGCCGGAGCCAAGUUCGUGGAGCCGCUCUCUCCCACCCCUCGCGCGGCGAUCACGUGAGCCUCCUCCUCGCGCCGUUUGCCGUCAGCUUCCGGGACCAGCCGGAUUGUGAGAGGGACCGCGGGAGGGCGGGCUCGUCAGGGAGCCAGAGGAGGGAAGGAAGGAAGGUCCCAGGUAGGGCGGCGGCGGCGGCAGCAGGAGCGACCGUAGCGGUGGUAACGGUGCAGCAACAUGUCGACCAACAACGUCGGUUACAACGAGCAGGGUGGGGAGACUCAGCCCGAGGUGGGCCAGGAAGUGGCGCCCACCACCACCACCCCCUCUGCUCCGGUGGCCUUCGGACUCUUCAGUAGCGACGUGAAGAAAAAUGAAGAUCUCAAGCAAAUGUUGGAAAGCAACAAAGAUUCUGCCAAACUAGAGGCAAUGAAGAGGAUUGUUGGGAUGAUUGCCAGAGGAAAAAAUGCAUCGGAAUUGUUUCCUGCUGUAGUGAAGAAUGUAGCAAGUAAAAAUAUUGAGAUUAAAAAACUUGUAUACGUUUACUUGAUGCGUUAUGCAGAGGAACAACAGGACCUGGCACUGUUAUCAAUUAGCACCUUUCAACGUGCUCUGAAAGAUCCUAAUCAGUUAAUCCGUGCAAGUGCUUUGAGAGUUUUAUCUAGUAUCAGAGUUCCAAUUAUUGUUCCAAUUAUGAUGCUUGCUAUCAAAGAAGCAUCAGCUGAUUUAUCACCUUAUGUUAGAAAAAAUGCCGCCCAUGCAAUCCAAAAGCUUUACAGCCUUGAUCCCGAGCAAAAAGAAUUGUUAAUCGAAGUGAUAGAGAAGCUUCUGAAAGAUAAGAGCACACUUGUAGCAGGAAGUGUUGUGAUGGCAUUUGAAGAAGUGUGUCCAGAAAGAAUAGAUUUGAUUCACAACAACUACCGAAAGCUCUGUAAUCUGUUGGUUGAUGUGGAAGAAUGGGGCCAGGUUGUCAUUAUCCACAUGUUGACUCGAUACGCACGUACACAAUUUGUGAGUCCUUGGAAAGAGGAUGGUGUUCUGGAAGAUUAUACUGAAAGAAAUUUCUAUGACUCUGAUGAGGAGCAUGAAGAGAAAAAUCAGAAAGUUCAGAAGCCUUAUUCCAUGGACCCAGACCACAGAUUACUGAUACGCAAUACAAAACCUUUGUUACAAAGCCGGAAUGCAGCUGUAGUAAUGGCAGUUGCACAGCUUUAUUGGCAUGUGGCACCCAAGUCUGAAGUCAGCAUUGUUGCCAAGUCAUUAGUACGUUUACUUCGCAGUAACAGGGAGGUACAAUACAUUGUUCUCCAGAACAUCGCAACAAUGUCAAUCCAGCGCAAGGGCAUGUUUGACCCUCAUUUGAAGAGUUUCUAUGUUAGGUCAACUGAUCCAACUAUGAUCAAGACACUAAAGCUUGAAAUCUUAACUAACUUAGCUAAUGAAGCCAACAUAUCAACACUUCUCAGAGAAUUUCAGACCUAUGUGAAAAGCCAAGAUAAACAGUUUGCGGCAGCUACAAUUCAGGCAAUAGGCAGAUGUGCAACCAACAUUUCAGAAGUGACUGACACAUGCCUUAAUGGCCUAGUGUGUUUACUGUCCAACAAGGAUGAAAUAGUAGUUGCUGAAAGUGUUGUGGUCAUUAAGAAACUGCUUCAGACACAACCAGCACAUCAUGGUGAAAUAAUUAAACGUAUGGCUACGCUCUUGGACAAUAUUACUGUUCCUGUGGCAAGGGCCAGCAUUCUUUGGCUUAUUGGAGAAUACUGUGAACGAGUUCCAAAAAUAGCCCCUGAUGUUCUAAGAAAAAUGGCCAAGAGCUUCACUGCUGAAGAUGACCUUGUAAAGUUGCAGAUUUUAAAUCUUGGAGCAAAAUUAUAUUUAACCAACUCAAAACAGACAAAAUUGCUUACCCAGUACAUAUUAAAUCUCGGCAAGUAUGAUCAAAGCUACGACAUCAGAGACCGUACAAGAUUUAUUAGGCAGCUCAUUGUUCCAAACGAGAAGAGUGGAGCUUUAAGCAAAUAUGCCAAAAAAAUAUUUCUGGCACAAAAGCCUGCUCCAGUGCUUGAAUCUCCUUUUAAAGAUAGGGAGCACUUCCAGCUUGGUACUUUGUCUCAUACGCUGAACAUGAAAGCCAGUGGCUAUCUGGAGUUGUCUAAUUGGCCAGAAAUUGCACCUGACCCUUCUGUGAGAAAUGUAGAAGUUAUUGAGAUGACGAAAGAGUGGCCCUCAAUAUUAGGGAAGACAAAGAAAGAGAAACCUACUGAAAGAUUCUACUCUGAGUCGGAAGAGGAAGAAGAAGAAAACCAAGAAAGUGAUGAUUCUUCUAGCAGUAGUGACAGUGAAAGUAAAUCGGAUAGUGAAGGAGAAAAAAUGGAAGGGCAAGGAGAAAGCAGUGUGGAAAGUACCGACAGUUCAUCUACUGACAAUGAGAAUGAUAGAAAAUCAAAGGCCAAAGGCAAUUCUGAAGGAACAGAAAAAAAUAAAGUGAAAUCUCAAAAAGCAGAAGGUUCUUCAGACUCAGAAUCUAGCUCAGUGGAGGAAAGUUCUUCAGAUUCCAGCUCAGAAACUGACUCUGAAAGUAAUUUGGAAGCUAGAAAAUCACUGAGUGCUGGUCUCCCUCCCAAGAAAGAAGAACAAACCCCACGCAAGAAGACAUCUUCUACUAAGCGAGAGGUGUCACUCUUAGAUUUGGAUGACUUCAACUUGGUAUCUGUUCCCCCAGCAGUUCCCAAGCCAUCAAUUCUUUCUCCCUCUUUAACUGCUGACCUCCAAGGUUUAAGUUUAUCACAUUCAUCAGUCAUUGAUGUCAGUGCUCCGGUCUUUGUGCCAAUGAAAACAUAUGAACUACUUCACCGAAUGAGUGGAAAAGGAUUAGCAGCUCAUUAUCACUUCUCAAGACAGCCAUGCAUUUACAAUGAUCAAAUGGUGUCUGUCCAAGUUACAUUAACUAACACCAUUGACCAAAUAAUGGAGAACAUCCACUUAGAAGAAAAAAAGCUGCCUACUGGCCUGAAGGUGCACACCUUUAACCCAAUAGAGUCUCUUGAACCUGGGAAAUCUAUUACAGUUACAAUGGGAAUUGACUUCUGUGACUCAACUCAGACUGCCAGUUUCCAGUUGUGUACAAAGAGCGAUCAGUUCAGUGUUAAUGUUCAGCCCCCUGUUGGAGAAUUGUUAUUACCAGUAACUAUGUCAGAAAAUGACUUCAAGAAGGAACGAGGAAGGUUAACAGGUAUGAAUGAAACCUCUGCUACCAUUACUGUUGCUCCGCAGAACUCUGCUCGCCCUAUAAUAUUGCAGAAGGUGGUAGGAGUAGCAAACCUUGGUGUAGUUCCUUCUGGUGAAGAUAACAUUCACAGGUUUGCAGCUAAAACUGUGCAUAGUGGGUCACUGAUGCUAGUCACAGUGGAGCUGGAGGAAGGAUCUACAGCGCAACUCAUCAUAAACACUGAGAAAACUGUGAUUGGCUCUAUUCUGCUGCGGGAGCUGAAGCCUGUCCUGUCCCAGGGGUAACCUGCUUACAUCUGGACUUCAGAAUCUGGCACACAACAAAAGUGUCUGGCAUCCACUACUGCUGCCUUUCAUUUAUAAUAAUAGCCUUUCCAUCUGGCAGUGGGGGAAGAAUAUACUCUUGACAUUCUUGUCUCAUGUUUUAGAAUGCUAUAGUGUACAUCUAUCACACAAGCAAUUGCUUUGCAUCUUUCCCCCUGCUUCCUAACCAAAGAAACACGUAUUCUAUUGUCAGAAAAAUUCUUAAAUUUUAUUCUUAAAAUGAUGAGUGGAACCAGUUUAAGUUCCUGUACUGAUUCUUUUUUUCUGCUUUUAUCACAUUCCUGUUUUGUUUCCUUUGCAUGAAAACAGAAAAAACUGAGGAGUAA